AUGGAGUCCCUCGCGAGUCGCACGAACGUCGCCUCCCUCCGCGCGGGGAGCGCCACGAGGCCCGCCUCGCACCUCAACCGCGGGCGCGCCGCCCCCGUCGCCGUCCGCGCGCAGGGCGCCAACGACGACGGAAACGGGGCCGACAAGACCUCAUCCGCCGUGGCCGGCGCCAUCGCGUCCGCGAUGCUGCUCUCUGCCGCGGCGCCGUCCGCGGAGGCCCUCGCGUCCUUCCAGGGCAACCAGGUGGCGCAGACCGCCGAAUACAGCGAGCUCCUCGGCUUCGAUCCCGCCUCGGUGAUGAACGCAAAGACCGGCUCGAAGGUGGCGCCCCCGGCGUACCAGGCCCCGGCGUCGGCGCCCGUCGCCCGCGGCGUGGACCCCGCGGUCAAGAACGUCAUCGCGCAGACCGCCGUGAACGUCGUCAGCGUCGACGCCGCCAAGUCCUCCUCCGGCGCGAAUACCCAGACGGCGCUGGCAAAUCCCACCGCAAUCGCCUCCGACGACGCCGGCUCCAAGGUGGCCGCGAUCAAGGCCGCCAAGGCUGCCGAGGCUGCCGAGGCCGCCGCACGAAAGGAAGAGGCGGCCCGCAAGGCCGGACUCGACAAGGCCGAGGCCGCGGCCAAGGCCAAGGCUGAACAGGCGGCCAAGGCUGCGGAGAAGAGAGCAGCCGCCGACGCCGCCAAGGCUGAGAAGGCCAAGGCUGACGCCGCCAAGGCCGCCGAGGCUGCCGCCAAGAAGGCCGAAGCCGACAAGGCUAAGGCUGCCGCCGACGCCGAGAAGGCCAAGGCUGCCGAGGCUGCCAAGGCCGAGAAGGCCAAGGCUGACGCCGAGAAGGCCAAGGCUGCCGAGGCCGCCAAGGCCGAGAAGGCCAAGGCUGACGCCGAGAAGAAGGCUGCAGCCGAGGCUGCCAAGGCUGAGGCUGCCAAGGCCAAGGCUGAGGCCAACAAGGACAAGGCUGCCGCGGACGCCGCCAAGGCCGAGGCCAAGGCUAAGGCUGACGCUGAGAAGGCCAAGGCCGCGGAGGAAAAGGCCAAGGCUGCGGAGGCCGCCAAGGCUGAAAAAGCCAAGGCUGAUGCCGAGAAGAAGGCUGCAGCCGAGGCUGCCAAGGCUGAGGCUGCCAAGGCCAAGGCUGCCGCGGACGCCGCCAAGGCCGAGGCCAAGGCUAAGGCCGAUGCCGAGAAGGCCGAGGCUGCCGCCAAGGCGAACGCUGAGAAGGCCGCCGCGGCCAAGGCCAAGGAGGAGGCCGCCGCCGCCGCCAAGGCCGAGAAGGAGGCCGCCGCCAAGGCUCAGGCUGAGGCCAAGGCCCAGGCUGAAGCCGCCAAGGCUGAGGAGAAGGCCGCCGCUGAGGCUGCCAAGGCCGAGGCUAAGGCUGCUGCUGACGCCGAGAAGGCUGCCGCGGCCAAGGCUAAGGAGGAGGCUGCCGCCGCGGCCAAGGCUGAGAAGGAGGCAGCUGCGCAGGCGCAGGCUGAGGCCAAGGCCCAGGCUGAGCAGGCCAAGAAGGAAGCCGCGGCAAAGGCUGAGGCUGCCAAGGCCGAGGCUAAGGCUGCUGCUGACGCCGAGAAGGCCGCCGCGGCCAAGGCUAAGGAGGAGGCUGCUGCCAAGGCUGCCGCCGAGAAGGCUGAGGCCCAGGCCAAGGCUGCCCAGGAGAAGGCUGCUGCUGAGGCCGCCAAGAAGGAGGCUGCUGCCAAGGCCGAGGCCGAGAAGGCCGAGGCCAAGGCCAAGGCUGAGCAGGAGAAGGCUGCCGCCGAGGCCGCCAAGAAGGAGGCUGCUGCCAAGGCUGCCGCCGAUAAGGAGGCCGCCGCCAAGGCUCAGGCUGAGGCCAAGGCCCAGGCUGAGCAGGCUAAGAAGGAGGCUGCUGCCAAGGCCGAGGCCGAGAAGGCCGAGGCCAAGGCCAAGGCUGCGCAGGAGAAGGCUGCCGCCGAGGCCGCCAAGAAGGAGGCUGCUGCCAAGGCUGCCGCCGAUAAGGAGGCCGCCGCCAAGGCUCAGGCUGAGGCCAAGGCCCAGGCUGAGCAGGCUAAGAAGGAGGCUGCUGCCAAGGCCGAGGCCGAGAAGGCCGAGGCCAAGGCCAAGGCUGAGCAGGAGAAGGCCGCGGCUGCCAAGGCCAAGGCCGAGGCUGCUGCCAAGGCCGAUGCCGAGAAGGCCGAGGCCAAGGCCAAGGCCGAACAGGAGAAGGCCGCCGCCGAGAAGGCAAAGGCUGAGGCCAAGGCCAAGGCUGAUGCCGAGAAGGAGGCUGCUGCCAAGGCCAAGGCUGAGGCCAAGGCCAAGGCCGAUGCGGAGGCUGCCAAGGCCAAGGCUGCCAAGGCUGAAGCCGACGCCAAGGCCAAGGCUGAGGCCGAAAAGGCCAAGGCUGAGGCCAAGGCUGCCGCCGAAAAGGCCAAGGCCGACAAGGUCGCCGCCAUCAAGGCCGCCAAGGAGGCGGAUGCCGCCGCCAAGGCUGACAAGACCGCCAAGCUCGCCAAGCAGCAGGCGGAGCGCGAAGCCGCCAACGCCGAGAAGAUGCAGCGCCAGGCCGCCAAGGCCAAGAAGGAGGCCGGUCCCAAGGCUGGCACCUCCCCGUACGACGUCGAGUACCCCUCCGCGGUCAAGAACUACACCUCUCCCUUCGAUGGUGCGUCGGAGGAGUCAUCAGCGCCGGCGCUGCCCUCCAUCCCGGCUCUCCCGGCGGCUCCCAAGCUCGAGAUGCCCUCCAUGCCCGCGGCUCCCAAGCUCGAGAUGCCCUCCCUGCCCGAAAUCACCAUCCCCACCCCCGAGCCCGAGAAGAAGGAGGAGCCCUCCAAGGCCCCCGCGGCCGCCGCCGGCGCCGCCGCGGCUGGCGCCGGUGCCGCCCUCUCCAUCCCCAAGUUCAACAUGCCGAAGUUUGACAUCCCCAAGAUCGAGGUGCCCAAGAUCGAGAUCCCCGAAGUCGAGAUCCCCAAGGUUGAGAUGCCGGAGAUGCCCGCGAUGACCGCGCCCCCCGUCGCCAUCGAGGCCCCCAAGCCCCAGGUGGACGAGGCUGCCGAGGCCAGGGCCGCCGCCGAGAAGGCCGCCGCCGAGCGAGCCGCCGCGGCGCAGGCUGAGCGCGAAGCCGCCGCCAAGGCUCGCGAGGAAGCCGCCGCCGAGCGCGCCGCCGCCGAGCGCAAGGCUGCGGAGGAGCGCGCCGCCGCUGAGAAGGCCGCCGCCGAGCGCAAGGCUGCGGAGGAGAGGGCCGCCGCUGAGCGCGCCGCCGCCGAGAAGGCCGCCGCCGAGAAGGCUGCGGCCGAGAAGGCUGCGGCCGAGAAGGCUGCGGCUGAGAAGGCUGCGGCUGAGAAGGCUGCUGCUGAGCGUGCCGCCGCUGAGCGUGCCGCCGCCGAGAAGGCCGCCGCCGAGAAGGCCGCCGCGGAGAAGGCUGCUGCUGAGCGCGCCGCCGCGGAGAAGGCCGCCGCGGAGGCUGCCGCGGCCAAGGCUGCCGCCGAGAAGGCCGCCGCCGAGCGAGCCGCCGCGGCGCAGAAGGCUGCCGCCGAGCAGUCCGCCGCCGAGCGCACCGCCGCCGAGCGCAAGGCUGCCGCCGAGCGCGCCAAACAGGAGAUGGCCGACAAGCUCCAGGCCCAGAAGCAGGCCGAGUCCAAGCCCGUCAAGAAGAAGGAGGCGUCCAAGCGCGAGCUCUCCAAGGCUGCCUCCUCCAAGGCGGCCAAGCCCGCGCCCAAGGGCACCACCCUCGUCGGCGCCGUCGUCGGCGACGUCACCGUCGCCGCGAUCGCCGCCGCCCUCGCCACCGCCCUCCUCGUCCCGGGCGUCAAGGACAAGGCUCUCGGCGGCGACGUCGAGGGCGCGCUCGAGGACGCCAAGACCGCCGUCGCCGGCGUCGACGGACUUUCCGGAAAGGCGGGAUACGUCGGCGGCGUCAUCGCCGCGGAUGCCCUCGCGCACCUCCCGGUGCUCGGCGCCCUCAUCCCGGGCCCCGCCGAGUUCAUCGGAACCGCCGCCGCCGUCCUCCUCGCGUCCCGCUACUACGUCACGAAGGAGUCCACCCCGGCGGAUGACCUCGCCGCGUUUGGAGCAUCUCUCCCCGGCGAGUUCCCCCCCGCGACGGACAGCAUCCUCUCCCCGGUGCAGGGCGUCGGCAAGCGCAUCGCGGAGAUCGACCUGGACAUCCUCCAGGACGACAUCCAGCAGGCGCCGACGCGGCUGCAGCGCUGGGUCGGCGGCCUCGACGACGCCGCCGGGACGAUCGCGCCCCCCGCCGCCGCUCUCGGCGCGACGGUGCUCGCCGGACAAAUCGCGAACCUUCCGCUGCUCUCCCUCGUCCUGCCCAGGGCGCUGGAGCUCGUCGGCGUGGCGUACCUCGUCGCGGCUGUGAACAAGUACGGCACCGAUCCGGACGCCGAGGUCAAGGAUGACCUCGCGGCGGCGGCGAAACGGGGCGGCGACGCGGUGAAGAAGCUCGCCGGCAAGUGAGCGACGAGACAAAGACGCCGAGGAAUAUGAUCUUUUUCCGAGAUUUGAGAUUCGAGGAGGAGACGUCGAGGUGUCGGCUCGAACGACGAGAAGAGAGGAGGAGGC